CACCGAUGCAAACGACUUCAUUCAAUGCGUGAGUGAUGCGGUUUCAAUUUAUCAAUGACGUCUAACCGUCCAACGACAAUGAAGGAGAACGAUCCAAAUCAACACAAACCAAGUAAAAAAAAGAAUUUAAAGCAAUGAAUUGAAGAUUUUUCUGGCUACACUACAGUCCAUGGAGUUCACUUGUCAUUGGACCUGACAGAGGGAUUGUACGUCGAAUUUUCUGGUUGCUCUUGAUCCUGACAGGUUUGGGGUUCUUGUCGAAGCAACUUGUAGAAAGCUAUAAAAAGUUACAAGCGAAAGAACAUGUUAUAACAAGAGAUAUCAUUCCCACCAAAAAACUAGUUUUCCCAGCGAUUACUUUUUGCAAUCUAAACAUGAUGAGAAAAUCGAGAAUUAUAGGCACAGAUGCAGAGGUUUUUCUGGACAAACUGAACAUCUUUAAGAAAGUUUUUUCUCCCAAUGAAUCAGCAAACAAGACGUUGAGCAGUUCUUUUGAUAUCGAGAAAGCUGUCAAAGAAUUUGGACAYAAUGCAAAAGAUAUGAUGAAGGUCUGUACUUGGGAUGGAAAAUUAUGCAAUUCCCGUAACGUUACGACAAGAUUUUCGCAGAUGUAUGGUCUUUGUCACACGUUCAACCCUGGAAAAGAACACCACCCUCUUCUCUUCUCAACUUCAGUUAAACGGAAUCGUGCCCUACACUUAUUGCUAGAUAUUGAUGUAGGUGAUUACUUUGGAAUUACGAGUUACUUCAGUACAGGAAUACGAAUGGUUAUCCACGAUCAAGAUGAGGAGCCCAUGGUGGAGGCCAAUGGUAUUGAUGCUAGUCCAGGUCAUAUGAUAACAAUGAACAUUGAAAGGAGAGAAUACAUCAGUCUCCCUAGUCCAUAUAAGUCAGAAUGUGGAAGCAGACCUCUCGAAACCUCCAAAAGUUACACGCAAAGCAAGUGCUUGAUGGAAUGCGAGACCCGUAAAGUGAUACGACAAUGUGGUUGUAAGCUGCUUGGAAUGGCUGACUUACCAGGAUUUAAGGGUUCGAAGUACUGCAAUCCAGAGGAAUUAACUUCUUGCUUGUUCGCUAAUCUGACCAUCGAGGAGGGACAAAACAUAGAGACUGUUCUGGCCAAAUUUUCCAUAACAUACGAUAGUUCUUUCUCAAGCGACAAUCCUAAAGAAGAAUGCAACUGCCCAAAACCUUGCAAAAAAAUCCAAUAUAAAAUUGCACAGCUCAACACAGUGACCGCUCUGUCUGAGUCAUUCUGGAAUGACUAUUACAGUGCGUACAAACAGAAUUCGCCUAAUGGGGACAGUAACGGAUAUAUAAAAGCAAUCGUUGAUCGUGAAAGGAAAAGAAUCAGGGAAAAUUGGCUUACUCUGAUCAUAUAUUAUGGCGAUCUUCACACAGUGAGAACCACGGAAAAAGUUGCUUAUGACAUGACCGACUUUGGAUCGGACGUUCGUGGCUAUCUUGGUCUGUUUUUGGGAUGCAGUGUUCUAACAGUCUUCGAAAUAUUUGAUUUCAUCUUAUGCUAUUACUUGAGCAAACAGAGGGCUAGCUUUGAAGUGGAGCAAGUCAGAGAGACCAAUGAAAAAAUGUAGUUAAAGUCAAAGUGGCCUACUGCUUUUAGUCAAAAAAUGUUUUCUGACUUUUUAGCUAAUUACURUCAGUACAGCUUUUUAUUAUAUAGUUGUUAAAGAAUAAAAAAAAUUAUCUACUGA